ACCACCACCACUCCUCACCGGCCCCCACCUCCAGCUCCCUCCCUCUCUUCCGCCAGCCCCAGCUCAGCCCACCACACAGUCACAGCCUCCACCGCCGCGGCACGCGCGGGCAGCCAGCCAGCCAGCCAUGAGGCAGUGGAAAUCCCUGGUCCCGGCGCUGCACCUGCACGCCCCGGCGGCCUCCUGCUUCCCGCACCCGCCGUCGCCGUCGCCUUGCCCGUCGCCGCCCCGCGGGGACGACGCCACCACGACGCCGCCGCCGCCGCCGCCGCACCUGCAGGCGGUGCGGCUGGUGGGCUGCGACGGGCGCGUGCGCGCGUACGCUCCGCCCGUGACGGCGCGGGAGCUGAUGCAGGCGCACCCGCGGCACCUGGUGUGCCGCGCCGACGCGCUGCUCAUCGGCGAGAAGAUCCCCGCCGUGGCGGCGGCCGAGGAGCUGCGGCCCGGCGACGCCUACUUCCUGCUGCCCGCGCACCUGUUCCGCUCCGCCCUCUCCUUCGUGCCGCUCGCCUCGUCGCUGCUGCUGGUGCUGUCGGCGGCGUCCGCCGCCGGCGCCGGCAAGAGGCCCUUCGAGCUCCACCGCACGCCGGCCGGCACGCUGCAGAUCAAGUUCUCCGACGACUUCCUCCUCCCGGCCGGCGACGCCGCGCCCGCGCCGACGAAGCGUAGCCAGCCCGCCGCCGCGCUGCUCCGCGGGGACGACCGCCUCGCCAAGGACUACGAGGAGCUGGUCGGCUACGCCAAGUCCCGCCGCUGGGCGCCCAAGCUGGACACCAUCGACGAGGUGCCGGCGCCCGCCGCUGCCGCCGACCAGCCCGGUCCCGCGCCGCCCGGCGCCGGGCGCGGCAGGAGGAGCCGCGCGCUGCCGUUCCUCGGCCGACUCGGCAGCCGCCGCCGCCGCGACGACGCCUGCAGCGCCGUCGCCUGCUCCGGCUAGGGUGUGGGCGGUCCGGUACGGUAGCUUUGUCAGGCGUCCUGGUUUAGUGGGCUGGUCUUGUAAUUAGGGAAGAGAAACAAAUUUUGGUGCUAAUCUUAAUCUGUAAAAAAAUGGUGAUGGUGGCCGACAGAUUUUCCUC